AGUCCAAUUUUUGUCGUGAAGAGUGUUGUUAAUUACACAGCUUUGUAGUGAUUGUUAUUCUGUAACAGUAUGAAAUCAGAAAAAGAAAAAGUUAAGAUAUGCCUGCUGGAUGUGAUGAUGAUAACUGUGGCCCUAAUUGCAACAGUGGGUGCACACACAACCUUUACCAAAGAGGCUCCGCUUUUAUGGGCACGAACGGGUGUACUGAUGGGUAAUUCUUCAGAAUUCACAUUUACUGUUCGGUUCCAGACUCCAUGCCGUUAUUUUCAAGAAAAGGAAAUUUAUUGGUGCGAAAGGGAAUUCGAUCAACGGUUGUUUCAUCAGCUGGAACGCUUAUGCACGGAAGCCGCUCCAUUAGAAAAUCGGACCGAGUAUCGUAAUUUUGUUAGAACAGUUGCAUUGGAAAUUACGUCUCCUCAUGGAAACAGUGACAUAGAUGACGGCGAGAGACGACUCUCAGAUUUGAAAAGAUCAAUUCGUUUAACGGAAUUAAAGAUUUAUCCGCUGGAUCUGGAAAUAAUGACAGGAAACACUUUACUGCUAGGCAACAACGUUACGAUUAAUGACCCUUUAAACGAAGAAAUUAGGACACUUAAACAGUUCAAGGAAAACAGGGCCAACCUGCGAACAAUUAAAAGGAAAAUGCUCGACGAAGCAGCUUAUUUGAAUCGGGCGAUGACAACGAAUAAAGACAAUGCAAAGUGGCAUAAAGAUAUGGACCCCGAUAUCAGAGACAGAAUUAUUGAAACUACCAAUGUUGCAUCGUACUUCCGUACUCUAGAAACCCGUAUGUCCGUCUUUUCUCAAAAUUGGCGCCAAGGUGUCCUAAGUGAUGAAUUUUUUGAUAUUUUGAUGAUGGCCCGUAACGACACUGUCCUUGAUAUGUACAGAGGAUACAAACCAAAACUUUGUCGAUUCUCCAAGUCGGCUCAAUUGGCGGUUUUUCAUUUGGAACAGAGUUCAGUCGCAUCUCACAUUCUCGAAGCUAGACCGUUUCGGUUACACAGACAACUCCUCAACACAGGCAACAUUGAAAUUUUGACAUACCAAGGACCACGGAAUGUUUUCCAUUCGGCCGAAAAGAACUGCACGGUUCUAUUCGACAAAGACAUUGGUAAUAUGCCAACGGCCGACGAUUGUCACCUGGUCCAAAAACCGCAGCAUUCAUUUGAAAAGUUCUGGACUAGGUCCUGUUCAAAGGAGACUGCUGUGUACGGGAACGAUGUGCAGAUUCAACUGAUGGGAGACAAAUUCUUUAUCUACUGCUAUGGACAAGACAUCAAUUUCUACAACGAGUCACUGCCCUGUCCGAAUUAUGUGUUUUCCAUAAACGUGAGCGAUCAAUUUCAAAUUUCAAAAUUCCGCUCCGAUGGAUUACUGAAAGACCAGGGGUAUAAACACCAUGAUCUUAUCACUGUGACAGUGAACCAACGCGUCUUCCCAAACGCGUCGCAAAUGGACUUCGAUAUCAUUCCAAUCGCAGUCGAUUGCCCAACGAAGUUUACAAUUUACGUUUGGAUUUUGUUGUUGAUUGUGGUAGUUAUAGCUGCUUAUUUUGCGCUUGCAACGUUUGUUUACCUAGUACUACGAUUCUGGGCAGAAGCUAGGAAGGGUGUCACACAGUUGUUCAACAGAUUUCAGAAAAAGGAAACGAAAAUUGACGCGUUGCUACGGGAAGAAGUUGCGAAACAGCGGAUCGUGUACCGUCAUAAAUGAUAUAGUAAAUGAGGAUGUGGUACGUUGAAGAAAGAGUUGAAAUGUUGCAAGUAAAAGCUAUGUUGCCAGAGAUAUUGUUCAAACAGCAGAGACAAAA